CUCAGGGUUAAUAAUCAGGAUAAAAUCCUACACUAUUUAAUUUAUUAGUUACCUUUUUUAGUUAAACAAAUGAGAGUGGCGGCGGCGGCGAGUGUGUGAUACAACAACAACAUUGUUACUCAUUUUCUUGCAUUUUUCUUCACAUUGUGACAGAAUAAAUCAACACCUGACACCAUGACUGAGAAGGUGAAACGAAAAGAAGGUGGUCCCUCAGCCAAACGAAUGAAGGCUGGUGGUAGGGGUGUGCCAUUACGGAAAAUUGAUUACAAAUUUGACCCGAGUUACCAGUUUAGCGAAGCCCCAGUGGAGAAGAUUGACCAGCCUCCUGAUUUUCAGCCACAGUACUUUUUGCGGACACACUCUAAGAACAAUGACCCAGCUGAUGUACAGACACAAAUAUGGCAAUGCUCAUUUGAACCAGACCCAUUAAAUACUACUUCGAUGACCAAUGUGGUAGCAACAUGUGGAGGCUCCUCCGUGUGCUUCAUAAAUGUCGACGAUGGAGAGGUUGUGCUUAAAUAUAACCGCAGCACAAAAACGGCAAAUUCAGGAGAGAAUCUCUAUGCACAAGUUUGGUCAACACUUCCACUGGAUGACCUUGGACUCAAGACCAUGAAUGUUUUAGCUGCUGGCGGUGCACGUUCUACAGUUCUCCUGAUCCACCCAGAAGCCGGCGUGUGUUACCAGAUGUUCAGGACAGUACCAAACAGAGCAGCAGCUGUGGUCUGUGCCCUCAUCUUCCAUCCCAAGAAAGCAACCUGGUUAUUUUGUGGUCAUGAAGAUGGACAAAUCCAGCUGUGGGAUGUAGGUACCCCUGCUUUGCCCAGCUAUGAGACAACACCUGUACAUUUGCUGACAAUUCCUGCAGUGGCAAGAGAUGUCUAUAACUUGACCUUCUCCUGUAGUCACGAUCUGCUCAUUGCUGGCUGUGAUGGUGGCCUCUUUGGAUGGAAGAUUGACAUGAAGAAAAUAGAGACCAAUGACAGAUUAGAACGCACAGAAUUUAUGCUACCAGAAGUCGACGGGAAUGGGUCAGUUUUAGACUCUGUGUGCAUGCUUCGUGAUGACCUGUUGGCAGCCAAGUGUGCACUUCAUGGCCAGAUCUACAUCUUCUCUCUUGCAAGAGCACUGAAGAAAAGAACUGGAGAUAAGUCUGGAAUUCUCUUCGAAACACAAGUAACAGAUGAUUUAAUGCUUAAACUGAGAUGGAGCAACACUGAUAAUUACUACAUGAACAUGGGAGUUGACCCAAGAUCUUGUAUUCUUGUAUGUGGUGAUGACAAGGGAGCAUUAUGGGUGUAUGACGUUGCUGACUACGUCACUGGUAAAAUCAAGAAUCCACUCAGUGAGGGGCCACAGUUAUCAGCAGCAGUUGAACCAGUGAGAAUAUUGGAGUGGCCAGAGCUAGAAGAUGCAGAGGUUGAGAAAGCUCGAAAGUUACGGCUUGAUACAUAUGACAUUGUUGUGGACAAGUGUGCUGUAUCAUCUGGUGGACUGCACAUUGUUGCUGUUACCUCGAACAACAUGGUGUGCAUCUGGAAAAGAGGAAAGGAAGAAGAUGGAGAAAAUUAGAGGAGCAAAUGAUACGCAUAUUGUAUAAUCACAACUGGAAGCAUGACCAGCGGUCAUUGGACGCAGGAAGAUUGUUGGUUGUGAUAAUUCGUUGAUUAAUAGAUAAAAAAAAUAAUGCUAUGUGAUAUAAGGCAGCCAUGUGAUAUCAAACUCUUUGUUAGCAUAAUUAUAAAAAGGCAGCUUUGAUAUUACCAGCACUGGAUAUUCAACAGAAGUAUGUCAUGGAACUUAUAACAGAUGUAUAAUUUCUUUAUUUUACCACUGACAUCAUAUAUCUUUCGUAAAAAAAAAAUUAACACCAGCCAUCUCCCAUUGAGGAAGGGUGACCUGAAAAAGAAAAAAAUACUGAAGUUUUUCUUCCUUUUGCAUUGAAUAGUCUUUUGCAAAUGAACUAAUAAUGUGAUUAAAAAUUUAUUUUGUUAGCGAGUGAAGCACUGAAUUUGUAUUUUGUUUAAAAGAACAAAAUUAUUAUACAGUGUAACAUGCCCAAUACAUGACAGGUAGAAUGAACAAAAAAUUCAAGCGAGAGUUAAUUAUACAAAACCAAGAAUUAUAAAACUUUAAGUCUACCUCUUCACUGCCACUGCCUAGAUACACAGUAUACUCUAUUUGAUUUUUAACACUCCAUUUCCCCACCAAGGCACGGGUGACUUCAGAGAAAGAAAACACAUUCACCAUCACUCACUCUCGCUGUUUUUUUAUGAAUGAAAGAUAAAGUGAAUCACACAAUAGAAAGUGGCAAAGUGUUAAAGUGCUGAGAGAAGUUUGUCAAUGAAUGCUAGAAGAGAAAAUAAUCAGAGUAUAGAGGUGCCAUUGCUUUUGUAUGACAGUCCUUGAGUAUUGCUGAACAUUUAGUAUGAUCAUUCAAAGAAUAAGUGAGCAAAUUAGAUGACAUCGUGAUUGUAUAAAAUGUAUAAUUCAGGUAAUGCAGCAGGGACUGUUGAUAUAAUAUGAUCAUUUUAGAAAGCAUGGAGCACUAUAGAUUGAAGAUGGCAUUAAAUCUGGGAAUCAUAGGGAACAUCCCAGGAAAGUUUGUGAAGAUGAGGUUUUAAAAAGGUAGGGGCUUGAGCAUUCAGAAUGUGAGUGCAUGUUAGAUUGGAGCAGAAGUAGGUGGUAUUUGGGAUUUCACCUGCUGAUGUUGUGUGAGCUGUUUAUUAUCAGUGAAGGAAUUCCGGCUAGCUGCUUAGCCUGACAAUGAAGUUUUGGAGGUGUGAGCUACGGUGCUUGCUUUUAAAGGUAUGGAGUGUGAGCAGUUUAACAUCCAUGAAGGAAUUCAGAAUAACUAUUUAGCCUGACAAUUUGUACAGUGCUUACUCUUAAAAAUGAUAAUGAGUGGAUCAUUUAAAAUAUGAUAUAUGUGGACUUCUGAAAAGAGCUUGAAAGUUAGUGAUAUUCAGUGCAUCUCCUUUAUAUAUAUAUAUAUAUAUAUAUAUAUAUAUGCGAGUAGUCACGAAAGCGCUUGGAAUUUCUCUAUUCUUUCAG